CCACCACUCCUUUACCAUGAGAUAAUAUCAUUUCCACAAGCAAAAACUAAUUAUUCUACAGAUAGAGAUCAUGUUAUAUGAAAUUAACACUCAGUCAAGCAUUCUUCCCUGUCGAAAUCAGCCACAAACCAUAAAACCCUCCCAUCCAUGGAUAUACCACAGUCGAAUGAGUAUGAGGCUUCACCCCCCCAACUCAAAAACGAAGACACCAUGAAUCCCCAUAUCUGUCUACAUCAAAUACAUCUCCAAUAGAAUCAGUAAUACCAAUGCCCACCCACCAUGGAGAACCUACACUCCUCCGCCCGACUUUUCGGCGGAAACACCCCGGGCAACAUCAGCACAAAACUCACAAUGGCGGCCUUCAUCUCCAUCGCACUAUACAACGCCGUCGAACUGUUUGUUCUCAUCCUCCUCACUUUCCACCGCUACACGGGCGUCUACUUCUGGUCAAUACUACUCUCCAACACGAUGGGCGUGAUCCCAGCUACCAUCGGCUCGUUGCUGGAUUUCUACGACAUCGGUCCGCUGUGGUUGAUUCUCACCGUCUCCAACGUGGGCUUUUGGUUUCUCGUCCCGGGUCAAUCGGUGGUGCUGUAUUCGCGUCUGCAUAUUAUCUCGCAGAAUUAUAAAGCCCUGAAGUGGCUCCGGAAUAUUAUUAUUGUUGACUCGAUCGCGCUCAUCAUCCCCACCACGGUGCUCUACUACGGCGCGGCGUAUUUCAAGACUCACCCGUGGAAUCAGGCAUUCACCAUCAUCGAACGAAUCCAAAUAACCUGGUUCUGUGCACAGGAGAUCCUCAUCUCAACCUUCUAUAUCUGGGAAACGGUCAAGUUGAUUCGUUUCCACCACGAUAGACAGCGGAGUAGGCUGUUAUACGAGCUGAUCGCGAUUAACCUCGUCGCGAUACUCAUGGAUGUCACGCUGCUGGCGUUGGAGUAUUUGGAUUUUUACUUUAUCCAGGUGAUCAUCAAGUCGAGUGUGUAUAGUAUCAAGUUGAAGAUGGAGUUUGCAGUGCUGGGGCGGCUGAUUGCGAUUGUGCAUUUCAGGCGUGCGGAGCCGGUCUGUCAUGAUGUUUCGGGGACGUCAUCGUCGGUCAUGUGA